AUGAUUUUUAUAAUCUUCACUUUUACCUUUGCUACUAUAGUAAAAUCCUAAAUUAAACUUGAAAAUCCCAUUUAAGACUUAAAAAUAAUUGAAUUACAAAAAACAAAUGAAUAAUAACCUAUUGAAAUGGUUCCAGAAUAGACAAAAAGAGUUGUACAAUAUAAUGAUUCUAAAACUACAAUUGGAAUGAAAGUGACUUCAAGCAAUGAAUCUUUAUUGAGUUGCACCUCUCAUGAUAAGAAUAUUCAUUUUGAACCUUAUAUGGUAAAUGAAAUUUAAUUAUUAUUACCAUCAAUAAAUGUUUAUUAAGCUGAUUAAUCUUUAAAAAUAAACAGAACUGCCAAUGUUAAUGAUCCUAAUUUUAUUAUGAAAAAUCCUGUGCUAGUUGGAAUAGUCAAUACUACAUCUUAAGGUCUUAUUGUUUUAACAAGCAAUCAUAUCCUAUAUUUAUUUUAACUUGAAUUCUCCUAAUUAUCUCAUAAGUUUUCAAUUAAAUCAAACUAAACAUUCAAUUUUAGUGAUCUAAGAUAAACCUAAUAUGAACCUGUUUCACCAUAAUUAAUUUGGUUUGAUUAGUAAUCAUGUGUAUUUAUUGUAUUCCCAUAAUAAAUAAUUAUUGGAAAAUUAAUAGACGGUUAGUUCUCAUUUAAAAAUAGCAAUAUCUCUAUUUAUAACGAAGAUGAAUACAUUGGAAUAGCCAAACUGCAUAAAGGUUAUUUAUAUGUUGCUCGAGGAAGAUUAGGAAUAGAUAUCUAUACAUUUGAUGAUUAAAACUCAUUAAUCUAAAUUUAAAAUCUUUAUAGUUAACUAUCUAAUGAUAUCCCAGAUAUGAUCAUAUCAGAUUUUGACUUUGGGGGAUUUGAUAAUAAUUAUAUCUUUAUUCUCGAUAAAUAUAAAGGAUUAAUGAUAUAUUCAAUAUAACAUUAAACAUUUACUUUAACGAAAUGGUUAGAUUCUAUUUUUGAAAUUAAAGGAGCAAAGUUAAUUAAAUCAUAUUAAAAUAUUAUAAUGAUAAUGAUUGAACAAAAUUCAUAUAAUCAUAUAAUAGAAUAUUGCAUAUACUCAUAAGAUAAAAAGUUAUUUUACAUGAAAACCCAUUAUCUAGAUGGAAAAUACUUUGAUAUUGAUAUAGAAGAUCAAUUUGCUAUUAUCAGAGGUUAUGAUGGCCAUAAAAUAAUAUAUCAUUCCAUUCAUGAAGGAUUUUAAGUAAAUUAUAAUUCUCCAAUUACUGAUGAAUCUUGGGAAGAUGGAACAGAAGUUUAAGAAGAUGCUGAUUAAUACGCAAUUAUUCCUUAAAUGUAAUAAUUCUAUUUAACUCAGCAUUUAAAUUAAGUAUUUUUUAACUUAAUUCUUUUUAGAGCUUUUUGGUGGCUAUAUCUUUUAGAAGUCUUAUUUUUAUAAGAUUUAUUAGAAUUGAACCAUUUGUUGAAUGCAAAUUAACUAAUUUAGCAACUAAAUAAAGUCAAAUAACAGUUAAUGCAAUAUUAAAUUCUACUUGGUGCAAAGAAAAAUUUUAAUAUCAAUUAGCUUAGAAUUAAUCAUUCUAUUCUAAUUUAAUAAUGUGUAAAAAAGAGAUUGAUUUUUCUAUUAAAGUUAUAAAUACUUUAGAAGAAGAAUAAAACAAUUAUUAUUUUUUAGUUGUAAUAGUAAUUGCAUCAUUAAUUUUGUUUUGCUUAUUAUUGAUUGCUUUAAAAAUAUUUUUUGCAAAAUAUAAUUAAUAAUAACAAAAUCUUACAAAUGUUAUUGAUUAAUUAGGAAAUAAAGGAUAUAAUAUAGAAAAAUCAUAGGAUUAAGUUUCAGGUUUUUGA